AUGACGGCUUUUGCUGCAAAAACGCUACGAGCAAGAGUCAUUAGGCAUGCCCAAAGACGGCAGAAACAGAAACCACAAAGAAUUGUCGGUUUUCGCGACAUCAAAGAGAGGAUGAGCAACAACUGGGACGAAGAAAUCCUAACAAGAGAGCGAGUUAGAAACUAUUACUACGGACAGCGCGGCUACAAGAAGAAUCUAAUCGAUCCACGUCUUCGAGACAGGGAGCCUGCCCGCAUGAAUCUGGGGCACGUUACAGAGGCCAUGAGUAUCUUCAAGACUCAGGACUUCUACAAGGCAGACUUUGCCAAGCUGAGUGCUGACAGCGUCACAGAGGUGGGCUCGUACCAAGUCACUGGAGCCGGAAAGAUUUCAAUCCCGGCAACUGUCCCAACAUACUCGCCAAUCAAGCGAGGCACGCGUUUGGAAAAGGAACCUGGCUUCAAGCGGCCUUCUGUUGAAGAUGAAGCAUAUGUGAAGUAUGUGGACGAGAAGUGCACCCUUUACGAGACAGCAAAAGAGGCAGCCCCAUCUUCUUUGGAGAAAGACAUCAUCUGUGACCGGGGAUCCCUCUUGACCCUCUUGGACUUUGUCAGCGAGACCUUGACUCCUUUUCUCACAAAGAAGGGGCAGCAUUCCUCGGCCGUCGAUUUGGUGAAGAUCUCGAAGUCUCCUUCUGGAAAGGGAUUGGUCCUUGAAAAAAUCCUGGAUGUUGAAAAGAUGACGGCAGAGAUCCCCUACCGUGGUGGCUGGAAACGAGAGGAGGUCUCAAACCAUGGUACUUUCAAGCCUGCUCUGCAGCGUGCUAUGGAGGGAGACAGUCGGACCAGGACCAUUAGUUGCACCGGUCUGUUGCAAGUUGCUGGAUCGACGGCAGGCGAACUUGACCAGUGCUUCCGCUUCCUGGAGUUUGAGCUUGGGGGUCUCAGCUUCUUGACCAAGGCACGGGCUCACGCCCAAAAAGAUGGUGAAUACUUGGACGUCGCUCAUAAGAACUGGUACUAUCAGGACGAGGUGCCUUUUGAACCGACAUUGACAUCCCAAGACCAAAACAACAGAGGGAGACGGAGAGGAGAUUGCUGA